UUCCAGUUGCCAUGUUCAAGAUGGAUGGAGACAAAGCAUUCAACGGAAUCAAUGCCAAAUACCAAGAGUUGAGGAGCAAGUAUGAAGAACUGAACGAGGCUCGUUUAAAUUUGUCUGGAUUAGAGAAGGAUUGCUUGAGUUCAGUGUCUAAACUCUCAACUGAAGGAAAGGAAUACCUCAGGACUGAGAAGAGUUUGAGUAGUGAUGAGAAGACAGAUAUUAGAAAUAUGUUAGCAACUUUGAAUGACAUGAAAAGCACCUUUAAACAGCCACCAAUGUUUAUUCUUGCUCAGAUAAUUGGUAAUAUCAAUGUGACAUUGAGCAAGAGUGACAGACUUGAAUAUAAACAAGAAUAUGAGAAAUUUAAAUUAUUUAAUAUCGGACUAAUGACUGUCCUGUCUAUUGGUAGUCUCGUCUUCUUUGAAUAUCAGCUCCCCAGUGCGUUGCUCCACUGUGCCAGUGUUUGGUAUUAUUUCACAAUAACACUAAGAGAAAUGGUUCUAUUGAGUAACGGAUCAAAGAUCAAGUGGUGGUGGUUGGUCCACCAUUAUGGCAGUAUCACAAUGGCUGGUGUAUUCCUCAUGUGGCCACCUGGUGACUGUUAUUCAGCCUUUAAAGUUCAGUUCAUUUUAUUUACAAUCUGCUUAAGCUGUGUAAUGGCUUUGCAAUUUGUCUAUCAAAGAGCAAAACUUUAUCGUCAAAUUGCAAUGGGAAAGACCCACCACAUGAUGGUGACUCAAGAAUCAAGAGUUGGAAUUGUUUUUGAUUUCUCAUUUCUAGUGAUUUGUCUCAUAGGAAUAUACAUAUUCCAGUUUUACAAUGCCUACACUCUGUAUGCAAUGAUUUAUGCAAUUGAAGACUGCCAGAAGUGGCAGGUUGGACUAAUCAGCAUUUUGUUCUUCUUUCUUGCAUUAUUGAAUUCUUAUACACUUAUCUCUAUCCUUUAUUCAAAAUUGAACUCUUUUAUUUCUGGAAAAGCAAAGAAACAAUCUUAAAUAACAGUUGAUUCUAUUGAAUCUCUUCUUCUCUCUCUCUUUUCAUAAAGUAAUUCAUGUCAGUUUUUGUUUUAAUAAAGCAAGACUGUAGCCAUA